AUGACCGAUCUACCGGCUCACGCCUCACCAAAGCUACCCCCACAACAGCUGCCGAGUAGGCAAGAUGGGAUCCUCGAUAAUGCCAGCCAAGUGAGCAGCGAAACGGGCGAACACACUCCUGCGAUUCCGGACUCGCUGCUGUCGCCCGCGUUCACCCCACCUUUGACUCCCGGUGGCACAUUAGAUUGGGAUUUAAGUCCCACUGCGAUUCUGCACCAACACCAAGCAGCAGACAUUAAAACGAAGAGCCAGCCUACCAAAGAACCCAAGCUUCUCGAGAAGCUCCCCGAGGUGGAAUGUAUUGUGCGGGCCCGCAUCCCAACGACCAAUGGAGCAGAGAUGUUCCUGCAUUUGUACCACAACGACCUAGAUGGAAAAGAGCACCUGGCCAUCGUGUUCGGCAACAAUAUUCGCAGCAAGAGCUUGGACAGUGUCCGGCCGGGAGAGACCGAGAUGGACCGAAUGAUCCGCGGCGCGUAUGUGGGGACAUUGCGCCCGGGAAGAGUGAGCAGCCGAUAUGAUGAAGAGCAAGUCGGAGCCUCAGCGCCAAAGCAGGUUGAGCCACCCUUGGUGCGAAUUCACUCGGAAUGUUAUACUGGAGAGACGGCGUGGUCUGCGCGAUGCGAUUGCGGCGAGCAGCUGGAUGAGGCCGCGCGCUUGAUGUCUUUCCCCGUUGUAGACCUUGCCUCGGACGCACCUGCGGAGGUACAGUCACUUUCGUCGCACUCGACCGGGGGCGUGAUUAUCUAUCUGCGCCAGGAGGGCCGAGGAAUUGGUCUCGGCGAGAAAUUGAAGGCAUACAAUCUCCAGGAUCUUGGAUCGGAUACGGUCGAGGCCAACCUUUUGCUGAGACACCCUGCUGAUGCCCGAAGCUACGGUCUGGCUACCGCUAUGCUGGAGGAUCUUGGUUGUGGCGCGGACAGCAUCCCAGAAGGCAUUCGUCUUCUCACAAACAACCCUGAUAAGGUUCGGGCGAUUGAAGGUCCGAACCGGGAGGUCCUUGUCAAAGAGCGAGUGCCGAUGAUUCCACUAGCCUGGCGGACAGGUGGUGAAAAAGGCAUCAAGAGCUCUGAAAUUGAGGGCUACCUACAAACUAAGAUUUCGAAAAUGGGUCAUAUGAUUCAAUAA